AUGAAGCUCAUCGGUAAAGGCGUCGACAAGGAAGGAACAGGACAUGUCACUUUGCGUCCUGAGGAUGAUGAAGACAUGUGGCAUCUUUACAACCUCAUACAAGAGGGGGAUAACGUCAGGGCACCAGCCAUUCGACGAGUGCAGAAUAUCUCGUCCACAGGAUCUACUGAGUCGAAGCGUGUCCGGCUCAACCUCACUCUAGCUGUCACUCGCACCGAAUUCUCUUCCUCAGGCGCUGCAUCUACCGAGGCAGCCACAUCGGGGACAGGGGCCGCUCAAGCAGGUCCACCGACUUCCACGACGUUACAUAUCACGGGAACUGUAACAUCCGAGAACCCUCAUGUGCGGAUGGGCGCAUUUCACACCCUCGACAUUGAAAGCCAUCGUGAUGUUCGCAUUGAGAAGUUCCAAAGUUGGGACAGCGUCGCACUUGGCCGUGUAGAAGAGGCAUGCGUUCCAGGAAGAGGGGCUGAAGUGGGAGCUGUGGUAUGCGGUGAAGGCACAGCAGCUUUCUGUCUCCUGUCUGAACAUCUUACCGUCGUGGCCCACCGCAUAUCAGUCCCCAUACCGCGCAAGGCGUCUGCUCCUGGUACCCAGCAACAUGAAAAGGCGAUGACAAAGUUCUACGCUACGCUUUUUGAAGCCUUCAUCCGGCAUAUACCUUACGCAUCUCCCAGCAUACGAGCCAUCGUACUAGCGAGUCCUGGUUGGGUGCGAGACAGUGUGUACGAUUGGAUGCUGGGAGAAGCAAGUCGCAGAGGAGAUAAGACUCUCGCCAGAACAUUGCGGGAAAAGACGCUGCGGAUUCAUGUGAGCAGCCCACACGUUCAUAGCCUCAUGGAAGUUUUGAAAAGCCCAGAGAUCAACUCACAAUUGAAAGAGACAAAGUUUGCCCGCGAAGGGGUAGUCUUAGACAAAUUUUUCAAAAUGCUCGGAGUGGACGAGAUGCGAGCAUGGUAUGGGCCCGAUCAUGUUUGUCUCGCGGCAGAACGUGGUGCAAUUGGUACACUUCUGAUCUCUGACGAGUUAUUCCGAGCAAGUGACCCAGCAAUAAGGAAGAAAUAUGUUGCUGUCACUGAGGGCAUAAGGCAGAAGGGUGGCGAAGUUGUUAUCUUUUCUAGUAUGCACGAGUCGGGACAGCAGCUUAACCAGCUUUCGGGUAUCGCUGCCAUCCUCACUUUCCCAUUGGACGUGGAAGUUGUCGAAGCCGAGGAACGGGAAGCAAAGGAGGAGGAAGAGAGGCUACAGCAGGCAAGGAUAGAUGGUGGAGGAUAG